AAAUUCAUAUCUAUUUCCGUCAAUCCAAACCACACUCACACCAACAGUGAUACACAUACCAAGAUGGAGGAGAAUCACUGCAAUGGAAAUUCUCAAUCCCAGCUCAAUUUACCCAAAAUCAAGUUCACAAAGCUUUUCAUCAAUGGACAAUUCCUUGACUCUGUUUCAGGAAAAACUUUGGAGACCAUAGAUCCAAGAACAGGGGAGGUUAUCGCGUCGGUGGCCGCCGGGGACAAAGAAGACGUGGAUUUGGCCGUGAAAGCCGCCCGUGAGGCCUUCGAUCAUGGCCCUUGGCCACGCAUGUCCGGCGCCGAGAGGGGGAGGAUAAUGACAAAACUAGCGGAAUUGAUAGAUGCACACGUGGAGGAACUGGCAGCGUUGGAUACCAUCGACGCUGGAAAAUCGUUUCAUCUGGGGAAAAUAGUGGAUAUACCCGGGGCUGCAAAUACGCUGCGGUACUACGCAGGUGCAGCGGAUAAAAUUCACGGCAAGAUAUUGAAAAUGUCAAGGCCGCUUCAUGGCUACACGUUACUGGAGCCGAUUGGAGUGGUGGGCCAUAUCAUACCGUGGAACUUUCCGACGACCAUGUUCUGGUUGAAAGUCAGCCCAGCGUUGGCUGCCGGAUGCACCAUGAUCGUCAAGCCCGCCGAACAGACGCCCCUCUCCGCCCUGUUCUACGCUCAUCUCGCCAAACUGGCUGGCAUUCCAGAUGGAGUACUCAACGUUGUGACUGGAUAUGGACCAACCGCAGGGUCCAGCAUUGCAUCACACAUGGAUAUUGACAAGGUGAGCUUCACAGGAUCAACCAAGGUGGGGAGGUUGAUAAUGCAGGCCGCAAGUGCCAGUAACCUGAAGCAAGUGUCAUUGGAAUUAGGAGGCAAAUCCCCUCUUCUAAUCUUCGAUGAUGCUGAUAUCAACAAAGCCGUCGAUCUUGCUCUCCUCGCCAUUUUUUACAACAAGGGAGAAAUCUGCGUGGCCGGCUCCCGGGUUCUGGUUCAAGAAGGAAUUUAUGAUGAAUUCGUCAAAAAGAUUAGCGAAAAGGCCAAGUCCUGGGUGGUGGGAGACCCUUUUGAUCCCAAAGUUAACUAUGGACCCCAGGUGGACAAAAAGCAACUGGAUAAGAUUCUGAUGUACAUAGAACACGGUAAAAGAGAAGGAGCAACGCUGGUUACAGGCGGCAAGCGUAUAGGCGAAGUGGGGUAUUACGUAGAGCCCACAAUCUUCACAGACGUCAAGGAAGACUCGCUGAUUGCGCAGGAUGAAAUAUUCGGGCCAGUUCUGUCCGUCAUAAAAUUCAAGACGAUUGAAGAGGGAAUAAGGAGCGCAAACAACACCAAGUACGGGCUGGCAGCUGGGAUAGUAACGAACAACAUAGACAUAGCCAACACGGUGUCCAGGUCCAUCCGAGCGGGUACCAUUUGGCUAAAUUGUUACUUUGCUUUCGACUCGAGCUGCCCGUUCGGAGGGUAUAAGGCGAGUGGGUUCGGGAGAGACUCUGGAAUGCAGGCUAUCCAUAAGUAUCUUCAAACCAAAGCCGUCGUCACUCCUUUGGUUAAUUCUCCUUGGCUUUGAUUCAUUCUUACACGCAUUGUGGGCGCGCGCGCGCCAUACUAGUUUACGACGCCUCAAUACCAACUCCCCCUCCCCUUGUACCUUUUGCUUCUUGCGCUUGCAUUUACUAAUAAUGUAUAGCUCAAACUUAUUUAUAAAAUGAAUGCAAAAGAUUAUUAGAAUAAUACUGACCCCUUUUUUU